AACCACGUUCUGAUAAGGCGAGGGAAUCAAUAUUGCCUCGCAUCUUCGCUUGAUCGAACUAGUCUUGACGUCACAAUUAGAUCGGAGACAGCAGCGCAUCAAACCACAAAGAUAUAGCCUGAUCGAACGACGACGAAGAGUUUUCUUUUGAUUUUUCCUUGAAGUCGACAACGUUCUCAUUGUCGAGAUGGAGAACAACGGCUUUGAUACUUUGGAAAUGAAGGAGACUUCUAAGAAGAUGGAAGCAGGGGAAGGGGUUUCUGAGGUGAAUGAGGUUGAACGAGGGACUCCAAGUAGGCCUCAGCUCAGCUCAAGACCUUACGCAGGCAUGGGCAAGGAGGAGCUACUGAAGUUUUCGCAGACCCCUGGAUGGCGGGCUGCUCGUUGGAUCUGUCUCCUAAUCAUCCUAGCUGGGUGGUGCGCCAUGCUCGGUAUGGCCAUCUACCUGAUCAUCACCACACCUAGAUGUCUGCCCUGGUGGCAAUCCGCUGUCGUCUACCAAAUCUUCCCGAGAUCGUUCGCCGACUCGGCGGCUGCCGAGGACCCCGUCGAAGGUGACAUCGGAGGGGAUGGCAUUGGGGAUUUGCAAGGAAUCAUUGACAACGUUGGCUACUUGAAAGAGAUUGGGGUGAAUGCGGUCUUGCUUUCUUCCAUCUAUAAAUCAGGAGGCUGGGACAAUGGAGAGGAUAUCGUGGAUUUCACCAUGGUCGAUGAGCAACUCGGAAGCAUCGACGUGUUCGAGAACCUGGUCCAAGAACUGCAUGAUAAUGAUAUCAAGCUAAUCUUGGAUUUUAUUCCGAACCAUUCGAGCGUCGAACAUGACUUCUUCAAGAAGAGCGAGAAAGUUGUUUCUGGAGAUUCCGAAGUGGAUACAGAUUUCCAGAAUUACUACACAUGGGCCGAUGGCCGACAGGGCGAUCUUCCUAGUAACUGGAUAAGUCUAUACAGCGGGAAUGCUUGGAAUUGCAGUGGUGUGGAUGAAAUAUGCUUUCUUCAUCAAUAUUCCGAUCGACAGCCAGAUCUUAAUCUUAACUGGCCUGACGUCAGAACACACUUAACGAAUGCUCUUGAGACGUGGUUUACCAGAGGUGUAGAUGGGUUUAAUAUUCGAGGUGUCAGGUAUUUCUACGAAGUCAAAGACGUUUCUGAUGAACCUGAAAAUACAGCUUACCUUCCCAUCGGCUCCGAUAACGUGCAAUACGAUUCACUUCGACAUGACUACACUGCCGAGUAUGACGGUUUGUCUCACUCGCUUCUGCAUUCUUGGAGGGAUGGUGUCUUCUACAAAUUUUCCACCGCAGGAACUUACAGAGUGAUGCUGACCGACUCUGAGAGCAAUACAUCUUAUGUCCAGUCAUACUACGGCACUUCCGAUGAAGAGGAAGCAAAUCUACCAAUGAACUUUAACCUUUUGAAGAUGGGUGACCCAAUGGGUCAAGGUGGAGAGAUUACUGGACGUGAACUUGAAGACUUGAUCAGAGAUUGGCUCACUAAAAUGGACGACAGCAACUGGCCGAACUUUCAGCUUGGUAAUUAUGGUGCAAGUCGCAUUGCCAGUCGUCUCCGACCUUUGUACAGCAAAGCGGUCAACAUCCUACUCCUGACCCUACCGGGCACGCCCAUCUGUUACUAUGGUGACGAGAUAGGGAUGGAGAACCUCCGCGACCUUGAGUUUGAUCAAGUCAAAGAUCGCCGGGGUUUGGAUGAUCCAAGUGUAUGGCAACUGAAGACUCGUGAUUAUGAACGAUCUCCUAUGCAAUGGGAUGCAACUACCAAUGCAGGAUUUUCAUCAGCAUCCGAAGAUGAUCUCUACCUUCCUGUUCAUUUUAAUUACCAACAAGUCAAUGUCAAGGCCCAAAUGGGUGACGAAAAUUCCGUGUUGGAGGUGUUCCGUCGAUUGGUGGCGCUUCGCGGUGAUUACCGAGCUUUGACCACAAACACCAUCAAGUUCGUCGCAUCUUCAAACGAGGUUAUUUCUUACAUCCGUGAGAAAGAUUCCGAAAAGGAGCGUUUCUUUAUCGCCCUCAAUUUUGGGAACGCUGAUAGCGAAGUGGAUUAUUACCACACUGGGGAUGGCGUCUCAUUGCCUCUCCAAGGCUUGGUGAAAAUAGCCACGGACCACAGGCGCGAGGGUUCGAGGGUCGAGCUCAACAAGCUGCACCUUACACCAGGCGAAGGCGUGGUGGUCCUCCUGGACGAGAUCGUAAACGUCGGCAGUGGAUGGUGGUACAAGUUCUUCACACCUGAUGCAUAGUGCUGGAAGAUAUAAAGCAUAAAAACUAUAAUUGAGAAUCAUUAUGGUCUUAUGAUCUUAUGAAAGAUAUAGUGAAGUGUUCCAAAUUUGUCUUCCUGUAACCCAUGGUAUAAACAUGUUGAUACUGAUGUGAUACUUGAUCUUCCCUCUGGCUCUAUAUCACAAUCAUGUCUCCCGCCUUUUCAACUAUACCACAUAACUAUCCAUGUCCCCCUCGAUCCCCCUCUCUCUCAUAACGUUUAUUAUUCAUGUACGAAUUCUCAUGCACACACAAAAAUCUUGUCGACCUAUACAAGCAUUUUAAUGAUAUUCACUGAACUGGUGUAGCUUGCAAAUCAUUGAUCGUUCAUUUUGUAAAAGGCCUUUAUCCAUUUGCCGCUCUCUUUCUAUGCAUGGACCUACUACUACUCUGACAGAGUAUAGUUUCAUGCUCUAUAAUAUGGAACCGCGUAUAUAUAUAUAUAAACAUGUACAAAAACUUAAAAAUAACCACCCAAUUGUCAUUUUACUUGGAACCCCCAUCACACUUUCAAAACAAUCCCUGCGUUAACCCAGGGACGACUCAAGCAAGGAGACGGUAUUAAAAAGUUGAUAAAAAGGAGAUAUAAAGUGAGAGAGAGAUAGAGAGUUCCAGAACCCUAUUUUGGAUAGCAUUUUGUCUCGUUUUCCAUUUUCUUUCCGUUUUCCUCUCCUCUUCAACUUUUCUAAAAGUAUUGGAGGCUGAUCACCCCUGCCCCCACGCAGCUGGCUUUCAAUCAUACCAUUAUCCACGAUAGUACGUAUAUUCACAGGCAUGAUUGGAUGACAGAAAAGUUCGACUGUAUAAAUACUUGACAAUAUUCCUCUCAUGCACAUUCCCAAUUUUUAGGUAAUCUCUCCAUCAAGGUUUCCCUUUUGAUGCGGUAUAUACCCCGGCCAAUCACUGUAUACUUUUUGAGACAUGUAUAUCUCUAUGACCCCGUCCUUGGUGUUACAAAAAUAAAGUUCAGUCAUUUUUGUCAAAAAGCA